AUGGCUGAGAGAGUUCCCAUCGACCCCACGCAGGGGCUGAAGAUGCUCUAUGUGUUCGUGGACAUAAAGAUCGACGCGUCCCAUUUCCUCGAGACCAUUCGCUUCAACUUCGCCGCAGGCACCUCCCUGGCCCUCGUCAGCACCAUCCAGUUCGUCUCCACACUGCAGGCGGCAUCGCAGGAGCUGCGCUCCCAGUACAAGGUUUGUGUGCCCCAGUGCAAGCCACUGUCCCCAGGGGAGAUCCUGGGCUGUACGUCACCCCGGCUCGCCCAGGACACGGAUGCCAUUGUGUAUCUGGGCGACGGGCGCUUCCAUCUGGAGUCCAUCAUGAUUGCCAACCCGGGGAUACCUGCCUACAGGUAUGAGCAACACGCGGGCACCCGCUCUGGUCCCCAGCAGCCCCGUGUCAUCCUGGGCACCCUGGGGCGCCAGGGCUCCCCCAGCAUCCUGCAGCACCUGGAGUCACGUCUCCGUGCCCUGGGCCGGCCCUUCGUGCGGGUGCUGCUCUCCGAGAUCUUCCCCAGCAAGCUGCAGCUCUUCCCUGACGUGGACGCGUGAGUGCUGCUGAGCCCCGCCCCG